UGUUCAGAACUUGACAUCAUAACCUUACAUUUAAUUAUUGAUCAACUGAUCUCCGGUUCCACGUUCCUGUCUAAAAUUUGUAUAUUUUUGCAGUUUAAUCAAUUAAAAUGAGCGUGUUACCUCAAGUGUCUUCAGAUGCCGUGGACUCGGAACAAAUGCGCACGUUCAAAGAAUUUCUUAUCAACUACAAUAAAAUAUCAGAGAUGUGCUUCCAUGAUUGUAUUAGUGAUUUUACAAGUAGGAAAAUUAAAGCACCAGAGGAAAAAUGUGCAUUAACAUGUAUGGAAAAAUAUCUGAAGACAAACCAAAGAAUAUCUCAACGUUUCUCCGAGUUUCAGAUGUUGGCAAAUGAGAAUGCACUUGCUGCAGCACAAAAGUUGCAGGGUAAAGCAUAGUUAUGCAUUUCACAUUUUUAAUAUCAUCAGUUUGUUAUGUGGAUAUACACUACAUAAGUAUAUUAGUAAAUAAAUAUAGUUAGUCAGUCUGUUAUCAUAUAAAACACAAACGUUUCUGUGGCUUGCUGUCACUUGUAAGUAUAAUUUGUUCCUUUGGA